UGUCAAUACUCGAUCGUAAACAUGAGUUUUAAAAUAUCCAUUUAUUUACCAUUCAUUCUCAUGACCAUGCUUCUUCUCCACGUAUCGUGUUUACUCGUUGAUACUAUAUACAAUAAUAAUAAUAACAAUCCCUCCGAGUGGGAGGAGGGUUCUGGAUAUUAUCUACCAUCAUCUUCUGGCAUAACCAAUAGUAGGAUUGAUGAGAUGGAAGCAGAUGCAUGGUCUAUGGUGCAGAAAAACGGGAACCAAUUCACAGUCAACGGCCAGCCAUUUUACGUUAACGGGUUCAACACUUACUGGUUAAUGGUCUUUGCUGUUGAUGCUUCUACCAGAGGUAAAGUGACUGAGGUAUUUCAACAGGCAUCUUCUGUUGGAUUAUCUGUUUGCAGAACGUGGGCUUUCAACGAUGGCCAAUGGCGAGCUCUUCAGAAAUCCCCUUCCCUUUACGACGAAGACGUUUUUAAGGCGUUGGAUUUCGUCGUGAGUGAAGCUAAGAAGUACAAAAUAAGGUUGAUAUUAUCCUUCGUUAAUAACUGGGAAGCAUAUGGAGGCAAAUCACAGUAUGUUAAAUGGGGUAAAGCUGCUGGCCUCAAUUUAACUUCUGAUGAUGAUUUCUUUUCUCAUCCAACCAUCAAAUCCUAUUACAAGUCCCAUGUUAACACAGUGCUAAACAGAAUGAAUACUGUAACAAAUAUAACGUACAAAGACGAUCCUACUAUUUUCGCUUGGGAACUGAUGAACGAGCCUCGCUGUGAAUCCGAUCCCUCUGGAGAUAAGUUGCAGAAUUGGAUUGAAGAAAUGGCAGUUUAUGUGAAAAGCAUUGAUCCAAAGCAUUUGGUGGAGAUUGGCCUUGAAGGUUUCUAUGGUCCUUCUACUCCUAAUAAACUUCAAAAUAACCCCAACACUUAUGCUCAACAAGUUGGCACUGAUUUUAUCCGCAAUCAUCAAGUUCUUGGGGUUGAUUUUGCUUCUGUUCACAUCUAUCCUGAUUCUUGGAUAUCUCAACCAACGGCGGAAGCACAAGUUGCAUUCACAAAAUCGUGGAUACAAUCCCACAUCGACGAUGCUGAGAAUUUCCUAGGAAUGCCAGUUGUGUUUUCAGAAUUUGGAGUCUCCACAAAAGAUCCAAACUACACUAUAACUUUUAGGAACACCCUCAUAAGCACAGUGUACAACACCGUCUUGAACUCUACCAAGAGAGGAGGCGGUGGAGGCGGGACCCUCUUGUGGCAGCUGUUUCCGGAAGGUACAGAUUACAUGGACGAUGGAUAUGCUGUUGUUCUCUCCAAGUCUCCCUCGACUUCGAAUAUCAUAUCUAUUCAGUCCAACAGGCUAAACACCUUCAAUUCCUUGUGUUCUUGGAACUGCCGAUGGGGUUGUAAGAAGAAGCAUCUUAUGCAUAACUCACUCUACCACAACGAGCUUUGAUAAUGCAAUUAGCUAUGCCUCUUAUGUAUUAUUAACAACAAACUCAUGAAUAAAUUUAGAUAAUAAUAUUACUAUUUA